AUGGCCGAAGAAAGACCAACGACCGCCGAGCCUCAUCACGAAAGUGAACUCGAUGAACACACUCUCCUCCUCCACCUCCAACAGACCAUCGCCAACAACAACGCCGCACUCCAACAACAACAGGACAACAACAAUCACAACACAGACGCACCAGUGCCAAUUUCAACCACUACAGUAGAAACAGCUGCAAGCACAGAAGACAAUGUUUCCGCAACUCAUAACCAGCCAGCAGCAACAGCAGCAGCAAGCUUGGAGACUAUCCCAGUAACGUCCCAGGAGGCGGCCGUGGCUGCUGUGGCCGCCUUUGCCAACUCUUUCAACGAUACUACCGCAGACGAUAUCAAGGCCCUGACCAAGGCUCUGACAACACCCAUCGAGCAGAUUGAGGCCGAGGAGCGAGCUGCCGCUGCUGCCGUGGCCGCCGUUGCAGCUUCGGUCGCUGCCAGCGCUGCCGGUGUCGACCACUCAGUCAUUGCCAAGACCGAUAUCGCGACACCUGCAUUCGAUGUCAACAAUGUCUACAAUCAAGUUUUGUCGUCCAUCGCCAGCCAGACUCAGACAACGACAACAGAAGGAAAGAGAACUGCGCAAGAGGCCUUUGAACAGACACAGGCUGCUCAGGCACUUCAGUUGAUUGCACUCUCUCUCGGCAGUGUGACGGCCAACACCACUACCACCACAGUCGAAUCAGCAGUGACCACGGGCCACGCUGACAGCACAGUGGCCCACCACACAGGCGACGGCGCUGGCGCAGUACCUGGAACCACAGACCCCCUCCUCUCUAUCACUGAAGCCAUCAGCAACUUUCAGCGACAGACAGAACAGCACCCAAAGCUGGACGAGGAUACAACAGCAAUCGCACAAGCAGUGCUUCUUGCCACUCAAGCAAAUGCCAACAAAGAAGCGCUUCAGGGAACGUCACAGGCUGGUCCUUCAUCAAGCUCAGCAGAAUCCGGCGCCAACCAGGGUCUGACAUUCGAGGUGGACAAGGCAACAGGAAAGACACAGAUCAAAUGGGUACCAGACUCGAGAGAUGAUGCCAGCGUUAUCCAGCAAGCCCUUCAUACAUUGAUCGCCAACAGUGGCAUACUUGGAGUAGCGAAUGGGGGCCUUCUCGCCCCACCUUUGGGACAGUUCCCAGCACAAGGAUCACAGUUUGGCACCGCAAAAGAACCUGUCAAGACGGAACCAGCAGCGAUGGCGCCACCGCCGGUCCCACAUGUUCACAAGAAGAGAAGGACAGGAGGAUCGAGCACACAAAACACGGCGGCGUCGAUUCCAGAGGGAGCCACAGCGUACCCAUGCACAUUCGACGGCUGUGACAAGGUCUUUGCACGCCUCUACAACCUCAAGUCCCACUCCCGGACACACACCAACGAGCGACCUUUUGAUUUGAAGAGACAUGUCAAGAUUCAUGGCGGAGACAAGCCGUUCAAGUGCGGUGGAUGUGGCAAGUCGUUCUCCCGCCUGGAUGCACUUGGUCGACACAAGUACAACUCCAAGAACCGCGCCAACUGCGUCGACUCUAUCACUCCUGUUCUUGAAUGA